AUGAGCACCGCAUCGUCGAAAGGCGGCUUCGUGUCGCUCAGCAACCGCUGCAAUGACAGCAAGUCGCCAUAUGUCCGAUCGCACGCGAACAACCCUACAGCCUGGCAGCUCUGGAGCCCCGAGACGCUCGAGUUGUCCAAACGCACCAAUCGCCUGCUCUUUGUGUCGAUUGGCUACUCUGCCUGCCAUUGGUGUCAUGUCAUGGCCCACGAGAGUUUCAUGAACGACCGCAUCGCUCAGCUGUUGAACGAACAUUUCAUCCCCGUCAAGAUCGAUCGCGAGGAACGCCCCGAUGUCGACAAGGUCUACAUGGACUUCCUGCAAGCCACGACUGGUGGCGGCGGCUGGCCACUCAAUGUCUUUGUCACUCCGGAUCUACAACCACUAUUUGGCGGAACCUACUGGCCAGGCCCGAAGAGUGACCGCGCUCAUCAUGGCGGUGGCUUUGAAGCCAUCCUGACAAAGGUCGCCAGCGCCUGGAAAGAGCAGGAAUCCCGAUGCAGAGAAAGCGCUUCAAACAUCACCGACCAGCUUAGACAAUUCGCACAAGAGGGUACCCUUUCUGGCAGGAGAUCCGGCGAAGGCGCCGAGGAGAGCGACGAUACCCUUGAGCUGGAGCUACUGGAAGAGGCUUACGACCAUUACAACUCCAGAUACGACGAGAAACAUGGCGGAUUCGGUGGUGCUCCCAAGUUCCCUACGCCUUCGCAUCUCUCCUUNUUGUUGAGACUGGGCGAGUGGGAUGGUAUCGUCAAAGAUGUCAUAGGCGACGAUGCUGUGCAGAAUGCUCGAAAAAUGGUUGCAACGACGUUGGAGAACAUGGCCAAAGGUGGUAUCAAGGAUCAGGUUGGUCAUGGCUUUGCCAGAUACUCCGUCACUAAAGACUGGAGCCUGCCACAUUUCGAGAAGAUGUAUGUUGUUCGGGCCCUCCUUUGGACUCCACUAACGUGUCUUCAGNNGCUUUACGACAAUGCUCAGUUGCUGCCUCUCUAUCUCGAUGCAUGGCUGAUAACCAGAAANCCCCUUUUCCUCGAAAUGACUCACGACAUCGCUACCUACCUUACUUCAACGCCGAUACAUUCCCCUACUGGUGGCUUCCACGCUUCCGAAGACGCGGACAGCGCACCGAGUGCCUCCGAAAAGGAGCACAAAGAGGGCGCUUUCUAUGUGUGGUCCCACUCGGAAUUUUACAAAGCCUUGGAAGACGACAAAUUGGCCAACAUGCUCGCCAAAUACUGGAACGUAAAGCCCAAUGGCAAUGUCAGCCCCAAGCAUGAUAUCCAGGGUGAACUCAAGGGACUCAACACACUCUGUGUGACCUCUUCUCUCUCGGAUGUUGCCAAACAAUUCGACAUUUCUGAACGGGACGCGGAAAAGGCUGUCAAGACAGGUCGCCAAAGACUUUCAGACUGGCGUGACCAACACCGACCUCGCCCUCUUCUCGACGACAAGAUUGUUGUAUCCUGGAACGGUCUGGCGAUUGGCGGUCUCGCUCGUACUGCUGCUGCGUUGAAGCAGUCUGACCCGAAGGCGUCAACAAAAUAUCUCGAGGCUGCUAUUUCAGCAUCGCAGUUCAUCAAAAAGGAGCUCUAUGGCUCGGAAAGCAAGACUCUGCGACGAGUCUACCGUGAAGGUCCUGGCGCCACGGCGGGUUUCGCCGACGAUUACGCAUUCCUUAUAAGCGGUCUUAUCGACCUUUAUGAAGCAACCUUCGACGACUCAUAUCUGCAGUGGGCCGACGAGCUGCAACAAUCACAGAUUGAGCAUUUUGCUGACAAUGAGAGCGAGACGAAGGGCGGCUUCUUCGGCACACCAGCCCACGCUCCUGAUAUCUUGAUUCGCAGCAAGGAUGCUAUGGAUAAUGCGGAGCCUAGCGCCAAUGGUAUGAGCGCGACGAAUCUGUUCAAGCUCUCAUCAUUGCUUGACGACUCGAGAUACUCGGUUCUUGCUACGCGUACAGCCAAGGCGUUUGAAGUCGAGAUGGUUCAGCACCCUGGCCUCUUCACCGGUCUCAUGUCAACGGUGGUCAAUUCAAACCUCGAUAUCAAGCCCAUCAUGAUAUCAGGAAACGAGUCUAGCUCGGAGGUACAGACUGCUCUGGAGCAAUUGCGCCAGAUGGUUCGUCCUGGCUCAACAGUAGUCAGAGUUGGCGGUGAUAGCAAGAGCGAGUGGCUCAGACAGAGAAAUGAGCUCCUCGGGUCAAUCGAUCAGGGCAAGGAUAUGGUUCAGGUCUGCGAAGGCACAAGUUGCAAGUUGGUCAAGGCAGCUGAGCUUCGGGAGCUACUCAAGGGUACCCAUGUAUAA